UGGGACCUGGUGUGCGGCCGGCGGCAGCUGCGCCAGUUGGCCCAGUCCAUCUACAUGGCCGGGGUGCUGGCGGGYGCCCUCGUGCUGGGCGGCCUCUCCGACAGGUUCGGGCGCAAGGCCCUGCUCCUGUGGUCCUACCUGCAGCUGGGGGUGACGGGCACCUGCGCGGCCUUCGCGCCCAGCUACGCGGCCUACUGCGCCCUGCGCUUCGCCAGCGGCAUGGCGCUCUCGGGCUUCGGCCUCAGCGUCGCCUGCCUCGUGGUCGAGUGGAUCCCCACGGCCUACCGGGCCGUCACGGUGGCCACCACGGGCUUCGCCUACACGCUGGGCCAGAUCCUGCUGGCGGGCGUGGCCUACGCGCUGCCCCACUGGCGCCACCUCCAGCUCGCCGUCUCCGCACCCUUCUUCUUCUUCCUGCUCUACUCCUGUUCCUCGGGCCUCCGCGCCGCCAUGCGCAGCGAGCUGGCCUCGACCAAGGCCUCGUACAGCGCCGGGGACCUGGUCCGCACGCCGGCCGUGCGGCGCAUCUUCCUCUGCCUCUCGGUCGCCUGGUUCUCCAUCAGCUUCUCCUACUACGGGCUGGCCAUGGACCUGCAGAACUUCGGCGUCAGCAUCCACCUCAUCCAGGUGAUCUUCGGCGCCGUGGACUUCCCGGCCAAGGUGCUGGUGACGGUGGCGCUGAGCUACGCGGGGCGGCGCGCGGCGCUCGUGGCCUCGCUGCUCUGCGCCGGGCUCGUCAUCAUCGCCAACAUCUUCGUCAGCACAGGUUGGACGGGGGGCGGAGG